UUUCUUUCAUUUGUUUCGGAGCUAUUUCUGAUUGUAUUGUAAUUUGUAAGCUGUAGCGAUUCAGUGCAUGCCCUCUGUGCCAAACCCAUUUCGCCUCAUUCUGUAUUUGGAGGAACUGAUAUUCUUUCUUUCUGUUUUCCUUUGUGGGUUUAAUUUGACUCGGUUACUGUGCUUCGGCGCUGCUGUGGUUUAGUGUUUACUCUAUCUUUAUGUUUCGCAUGUGGGUUAUGAGCUUCAAUGCUUGAGCCCAUGGGGAAGAAAAACAGAGCUCAUGUAUCUCGGGAAGGGGGAGGACAGAAAAGAAGGGUGAAUAUGGAAAACACUGGUGGAGAAGGAAACUCCGCAAAUAUAGGGUUCCCUAGGAUUAGUCUCAAUGAAAGAAUUCUUUCUUCGAUGUCCCGAAGAUCUGUUGCUGCUCACCCUUGGCACGACUUGGAGAUUGGACCGGGUGCACCGACGAUUUUCAAUUGUGUUGUCGAAAUUAGCAAAGGCAGCAAAGUCAAAUAUGAGCUUGACAAGGCCAGUGGCCUUAUAAAAGUAGACCGCGUUCUUUACUCAUCAGUUGUUUACCCACACAAUUACGGUUUCAUCCCACGUACGAUUUGUGAAGACAGUGAUCCUAUGGACGUUCUGGUACUGAUGCAGGAGCCUGUGCUACCUGGAUCUUUCCUCCGAGCUCGUGCGAUUGGAUUGAUGCCCAUGAUUGAUCAAGGAGAAAGGGAUGACAAAAUCAUAGCAGUAUGUGCCGAUGACCCUGAGUUUCGCCACUAUAAGGACAUCAAGGAGAUUCCCCCACACCGGCUGGCUGAAAUUCGCCGAUUCUUUGAGGACUACAAGAAGAACGAGAACAAGAAAGUCGAUGUCGAAGACUUUCUUCCAGCUGAGGCCGCCAUUGAUGCUAUCAAGUACUCCAUGGACUUGUAUGCUGCCUAUAUAGUUGAAAGCUUGAGGCAGUAAGUUUUUUCUUUUUCAAUGCAAUAAGAGACUGGCUGUUAAGCACCAAUUAGCAGCAUAAUUAAUGAGGCUUCUGGGUUACUUAUAAACUUGUUGCCUCAUCCUUAACCCUUCAACUGUCAAUUUUUUACUUCUAAAGAUGUAUAAGUGGAAGACUUGUGUAUACUGCCUUUCCAUAUGCAAUAUAUUUUAUCCAAAUUGAAGCUUGUUCUGUUUUA